GGUAACUGAUGAUAUCAACCUAGGGGACACAGAGCCCGUUUCGAAGAUUUUUUUCCUCAUUUGUGAUCGUUUCUUUCUCUCUGAUUUCGCUUUGCAAAAUCAGCAAAACACACAUUGAAGGCUAUCAUCCUAUCCUAGUCCCUGCAUUUCGCAUCAACGAUUUACAGUUAGCUUUCUUCUCUCUAUAUCACGGAAGAGAGAGAGAGAGAGAGAGAAGAUAAAACGAUGGCGCAUAAAGUAGAUCAUGAAUAUGACUAUCUAUUCAAGAUCGUGUUGAUCGGAGACUCUGGUGUUGGGAAAUCCAAUAUUCUCUCUAGAUUUACACGGAAUGAGUUCUGCUUGGAGUCCAAAUCCACGAUCGGAGUCGAGUUCGCUACCAGAACUCUUCAGGUAGAGGGAAAGACAGUUAAGGCACAAAUAUGGGAUACUGCAGGCCAGGAGAGAUACCGAGCUAUUACUAGUGCUUACUAUAGGGGAGCAGUAGGUGCAUUCCUUGUCUAUGACAUAACUAAGAGGCAAACCUUCGACAAUGUCCAGAGGUGGCUCCGUGAAUUAAGGGACCAUGCAGAUUCAAACAUUGUAAUCAUGAUGGCUGGAAACAAGUCUGACCUAAACCAUCUCAGAGCCGUUUCAGAGCAGGAUGGUCAGGCCUUGGCUGAGAAGGAAGGACUUUCAUUUCUUGAGACAUCAGCAUUGGAAGCACUCAACAUCAACAAGGCAUUCCAAACCAUUUUGACGGAGAUAUAUCACAUCAUAAGCAAGAAAGCACUGGCAGCCCAGGAAGCAGCCGCUGCCACUGCAAUUCCUGGUCAAGGGACAACUAUCAAUGUCUCCGAUGCAUCAGGGAAUACGAAGGGAGGUUGCUGUUCUUCUUAGUUGACAUUCAAUGGAGGAACCAAAGAUUCAGUAGCAAGCACAAACUUUUGUUUUUUGUUUAUUUUUUUUUCUUUUUUCUUUUUUCCCUUUUUUGGGCGAGAUAGAAGAGACAUGUAGAAUACUUUUUCCGAGUUGUGAUGAAAAGGAAGCUUGUGACAGUUGAAACUAAAAAUAUGGUUACUGGCUUUGAAGGAAUUAUCGCUUUUUCAUGUCAUACAUUCAUAGUUGUUGAUAUAUAUAGCGGAAAAUGACUGAUACUGAGGCUGUUGUGUGGGAAGUUGAAUAUCUCAAUUGGAAGAGCCUGUAGGGCAAAAUUGGUGGCAUUCUUAAGUUUAAUGUUCCCUUUCAACUGAUGUUUGUUGGAUUACUUCUGUAAUAAAAUUGAUGCCAUCUUUAUGACAUUAUUAUU